AUGGCGACUGUUACCCAAAAGGUGUAUUUCGAUAUUACGAUUGGUGGAAAGAAGGCCGGUCGCAUUGUGAUUGGACUUUUUGGCAAUGACGUGCCGAAAACCGCGAAGAACUUUGUCGAGUUGGCGAAAGGAACCAAAGGAUUUGGCUACAAGGGCUCCAAGUUUCAUCGUGUAAUCAAGGAUUUCAUGAUUCAGGGUGAGGAGUUUGGUUGGUUUUUAGUUUUUAGGUAUUAGUUUGGAGUUUUUAUGGUCGUUAUAUAUGCUUCUAGGCAAUAUUUCUAAGGUAUGGAAUUAUUUAGAACAAAAUUUUUUGGUUUUGAAAAUUUGUUACCUAAAAUUUUUUUGGCUAGAAGAAAUUGUUUUAUACCUAAAAUGAUAUGGGAAAAACAUUUUUAAGACAGAUUUAAACAUUCUACGACUAGUUUUAGUUAUUAUUUAUCAGCUUGUUAUCCAAAAAAUCUUUCAGGUCAAAACUUAUUAUAUUCACCUUGUUUCAGGCGGCGAUUUCACAAAGGGCGACGGAACCGGUGGCAAAUCCAUCUAUGGAGAAUGUUUUGACGACGAAAACUUUAAGCUGACCCAUACUGGACCAGGAGUCUUGUCCAUGGCCAAUUGUGGCAAAGAUACCAAUGGGUCCCAGUUCUUCUUGACCACCAUCAAAACCGCGUGGUUGGAUGGUAAACAUGUGGUCUUUGGCAAGGUUGUUGAAGGUAAAUGUUUUUUUUUGUUUUAUAUUUGUUUGAAAUUUAAAAAUUUUAUUUUUAAAAUAUUUUUUGAACUUUUGAGGUCAAUUUUAAUAUUGUUAUAGGUAUGGACAUUGUUACCAAGAUCGAGAACACCAAAACCGGCGAAGCCGACCGACCAGUCGAGGAUGUUGUUAUUGCCGAUUGCGGAGAAUUGAAAUAG